AUGGUGAAGAUUUAUUGUCCUCGGUGUCAAGAUGUGUACACUCCCAAAUCCACUCGUCAUCACUAUGCGGAUGGAGCGUAUUUUGGAACCGGUUUCCCUCAUAUGUUGUUCCUGGUCCACCCUGAGUACCGGCCAAAACGGGCACCAAAACAAUUUACUGCCAGGCUUUAUGGCUUCAAAAUCCACCCCUUGGCUUAUCAGCUGCAAUAUCAAGCUGCAUCGGCGGUUACUGGCCCAAUGCGUGGGUUCCCGAAGCGAACGUAG